CAGUAUCUCGUGUAUUGUCUGUUCAAAACAUGGCAUCAGUGCGUCCUAGACUGUUAGAAUCAAUCCCGGGACAGUUCUUGACCCUUAAGCUAUCGCCGGCAAGCACCAGCCUCGCACCACGGCGGGCAAAACGGUUUGCGCCCAAGAGUCGGGCAGGAUGCCUCGUUUGUCGUAAACGUCGUAUCAAGUGCGAUGAAGAGCGUCCGCGGUGCAAGCGGUGCGUCAUCGGUAGAUGGGAAUGCCAGUAUGCCAAAACAAAGGAACCUCUGCAACCACAGCGUAUUGUCUUGCUACAGCCCGCGACAUAUCUCUGUCCGGCUGGCAUUCAUCCUGAAGGAUACGAGAUUGAUCUCUUUGGCACCUUUCGCAGCUCGCUUGUCUCCGUCGUCGGUGGAGCGUUUAAUCGCGAGUUUUGGAGAAUUGAUGUGCCUACAGCCGCCCAGGUCUACCCAUCCAUUUGGCACGGGGCUGUGGCCUUGACCGCUAUAUACAAGAGCAUCAAGGUCGAUAAGAAAUCCCUUCGACGAGUGUUUGGUAGUAACUCUACCUCCAGCCCAACUCGAAACCAGCUAUACCAACACGCCUUGGUACAUUUCAACAAAUCUAUCCAGGCGCUAGCAAAGAGUAUGGCGUCGUGCCCCAGCGACCUGUCUCGGAUAUCAUACAGAGACAAAGAAAUGAUUAUAAUGACUGUUAUACUGUACAUUGGCCUAUGUGGCAUGCUGUCCGACGAUCACCAGCUCAAAUCUCAGUGCGAAAGCUUUUCGCGGCUUCUGGAAGCAAUGCAGUUUGGCGAGGAAGAUCCUGUAUCGCGGAAUGGAAUCAUGUCCUACAAUGACUUGCUUUCUAUUAUUCUCAUCAUUGACGUGUCCAUAUAUGAGCAAAUGGGUCUACCAGGCCGCUGGACGCGAAAAUGGACCGUACAAUGCCCUCAAAUCGACAGUUUUACUUGCAUGACAGACGCCUACCUUGCCAUGCUGCCGACUCAGUUCUUGAGACUCUUCAAGUAUGAAGAUGUCAUGGCGCCUAGUCAUCAAGGUUCAAUGAAAACUCGCUUCCGCCUGGACAUGCUGGAAUCCUACGUCGCUAGGCUCGGUGCAUUUAAAGAAAGUCAACGACUCAUUACCCCGCAUGACCGCCAAACUCUCGAGAUUCUUGAUCUAAUUAUGGAGCUAUCUUUUAUAAGAGAGGAGAUUAUACUGGCAGAAACUAGAGACGAGGCUAUUGCAGCCAACGAAAAGAUGUUGCUCGCUUUGGAUAAAGUAGACGCUGCCAUGGGCCGCAUGUCGUCUCUCGGUACGGCGUUUUCAUUGGAGCCACCCCCCUAUAUCUUUGCGCCGUCGCUUGGAAGAUUGUUGCAAAUUUUUCUAGCAGUCUCCAGCAGCCCAAAAGUUCGCCGCCGAGGGGUCGAGCUGAUGAGAAAAUGGCCCUAUAGCGAAGUGGGCAUUCGCAGUGACGAGGCAAUAGCGAUUAUGGAAAUAGUACAACACCACGUCGCUACCGGCCCGGCGAGAACCCUGCCUUAUCAACAGUCGGGCCUCCCCAUUCUGUCCAGCUUUAAGAGUAAUGACGGGGCGGAAUUGACAUUUGACCCUCUAAACAGCUGCGAAUGUAUCCCAGAUGUCUUCAUUUGCCGGGAUCACAAAAUGGGCGAUUACGAGAAAGAUGUAUAUGGGCCUUCGCCAAGGUAUGGUAUAGUCUCUUGGUACGAGUUGCGCCACAACUUGCCACAUACUUGGUAUCCAUUCCCGUAUUGACGGUAGAGGUCACAGAAGCAUUCUUGCGAUGGUAUCGGGGAUAGAAGACAACCGACUAGAUUAUACCGUUGGAUUGUAUAAUACAACUAGUGUCCCAAGCCUCGUACCCAUACGCAACUAUUUCCUUGGGUUUGUUGUUCCCCACGUAUUUGGUUCGAUAGGUCCGUUUCCUAAAAGAAAUAUUAGAAUUCAUUACUUUCGUACGGUAUAAAAUAAAGCCCAUAUAUAUAUAUAUAUAGCCCACUCUGCCACUCUGCUCAAUCCCGUUCCCCAAGGAGGGGACUUUUGCGGAAGCCAGACCAGGCUCGUUCAUGACGCGCACACCACCAGC